GGGUAUCUCUCUAAGAGACUCAAACAGUCUCUGCGGAGGACCAAAUCUCAGCCCAAACUCUCACGAAGCAGCAUGAAGCCCCACCUAGUGCCCCCCACUGCUCAGCCCAGAAAAUGGGGGAAGGGCUUUUAAUCCCAUUCCACUAGAAAAAAAAACACACACACACACACACACACACACACACACACACACACACACACACACACACACACACACACACACACACACACACACACACACACACACACACACACACACACACGCAUACACACGGAUGACAGCGUAAGGACCGGGGGGUAUGUGUGAGUGUGUGUGGAAGCGGGGUGGUGGUACAAGAGACGAGAUGAAUAGGGAAGGAAAAAAAAGAUGAGUGAGAAGAGAAAGCGAGGAGAGGAGUGAAGGAACAGAGCACGGAAGUAGGCCAAGCUCACUGCAGGGGAGGAGCAAGCAGCUCAGAGCUACAGGGAGGGAGGGAGAGAGAGAGAGAGAGAGAGAGAGAGAGAGAGAGAGAGAGAGAGAGAGAGAGAGAGAGAGAGAGAGAGAGAGAGAGAGAGAGAGAGAGAGAGGGAGAUAAUGUUAUACAGAGAGGGAGAGCAAGAGAGAGCGAGAGAGAGAGAUAGGGAGGGGAGAGGGGGAGAGAGAGUGAUAGGGAGACAGAGAGAGUGAGAGCGAGAGAGAUAUUGAGAGAGAGAGAGAUAUACUGUCAUACUGAGAUAGAGCGAGAGAGGGAGUGCGCGCGAGAGAGAAUGCUAGCGAUGCCGCGCAGCAUCAGCAGCAGAAUGCUAAGCACAGACAAAGGGAACAGCCAAUAAACGAACAGGGAGACAGAACAGCCAAUAAACGGACAGACCUACAGACAGACAGGCAGCGGGGAAGGCAGACAGUCAGACAGACAGGCAGGUGUGCCAGCGAUCCUCUCCUCCCAGUCCAGGAAGCGAUGGAGCCAUAGCACCCCUCCCAAUCUCUCUUCUCCUCUCCUCUCUUCCUAAGCCAACGCUCGGUGUGUAAUGCACCAGGUGUCCUACGGUAGCCAGGAUUCUUUGCUAAGCACUGGGUGUGUGUCUUCACUAGAACUGAAAAUGGAGCAAACUGUCGUUAUCAAGCCAGUCCACUCUUCCCUGCUGGGCCAGGAGUACUGCUUCGAGGUCACCACCACCACGGGCACCAAGUGCUUCUCAUGCCGCUCGGCCGCCGAGAGAGAGAAGUGGAUGGAGAACCUGCGGCGGGCGGUCCACCCCAACAAGGACAACAGCCGGCGGCUGGAGAACGUCCUGACCGCCUGGCUGGUGGAGGCUAAGGACCUGCCUGCCAAGAAGAGGUACUUCUGCGAGCUGUGUCUGGACGACAGCCUGUACGCCCGAACCUCCUGCAAGCUGAAGACGGACAACGUGUUCUGGGGCGAGCGCUUCGACUUCUCCAGCCUUCCCUCGGUGGGCUCGCUGACCGUCCAUCUCUACAAGGAGACGGACAGGAAGAGGAAGAAGGACAAGAAUAGCUACGUGGGGCUGGUCAACAUCCCUGUUGCCACGGUGACCGGCAGACAGCUGGUGGAGAAGUGGUACUCCGUGAGCACGCCCAGCACCAGCCGAGGCAAAUCCUCCGGCCCCACGGUGCGCAUCAAGGCCCGCUACCAGAGCAUCAUCAUCCUGCCCAUGGAGCAGUACAAGGAGUUUGCAGAGUGGAUCAGUUCAAACUACCUGCUGCUGUGCAGCGCACUGGAGGCCUCCAUCAGCCUGCGCGCCAAGGAGGAGCUCGCCGCCGCGCUGGUCCACAUCCUCCACAGCACCGGGAAGGCUAAGGACUUCCUGACAGACCUGAUGAUGUCAGAGGUUGACCGUUGUCGUGACAACGAUCAGCUGAUCUUCAGAGAAAACACACUGGCGACCAAAAGCAUCGAGGAGUAUCUGAAACUGGUCGGGCAGAAGUACCUGCAGGAUGCGCUGGGGGAGUUCAUCAAGGCUCUGUAUGAGUCUGACGAGAACUGCGAGGUGGAUCCGGCGCGCUGUGUGACCUCUGACCUCCCCGAGCACCAGGCCAACCUGAGGAUGUGCUGCGAGGUGGCCUUCUGCAAGAUCCUCGAGUCCUACAGAGUGUUCCCCAGGGAGCUGAAAGAGGUGUUUGCAUCGUGGCGUCAGGAGUGUGGUAACCGGGGGCGACCGGACAUCAGUGAGCGUCUGAUCAGCGCGUCGCUGUUCCUGCGCUUCCUGUGUCCGGCUGUGAUGUCGCCGUCUCUGUUUGAGCUGACCCAGGAGUACCCCGAUGACCGGACCGCCCGCACGCUCACCCUCAUCGCCAAGGUUACGCAGAACCUGGCCAACUUCAGCAAGUUCGGCAACAAGGAGGAGUACAUGCUGUUCAUGAACGACUUUGUGGAGCGCGAGUGGAGCAACAUGCAACGCUUCCUGCAGGAGAUCUCCCACCCCGACAGCCUGUCCCACACGGCUGGCUUCGACGGAUACAUCGACCUGGGCCGGGAGCUGUCCACCCUCCACACUCUGCUCAUAGAGCUGGACCAGGCGUGUCUGGCUAAGCUAGGUCCGCUGCCUCGUAUCCUGAGGGAAGUCUCUUCAGCGCUCGCUAACCCAGGGGGGCUGGUCCACCCGGGGGGUCUAGUCCACCCAGGGGGGCUGGUCCACCCGGGGGGUCUAGUCCACCCAGGAGGAUUGGUUCACCCAGGGGGGCUUGUCCACCCCCACCCAGGGGGCGGGGCCCACGCAGGGGGCUCGGUCAACCCGGGCGCAGGCUAUCCAAUGAGCUGCGCGGAGCCCCAGCGCGUGGUGUCCCCGCCACCGCUGUCCCCGCCCCUCUCUCCCCCCCUGGCGGGCUGCAACCUGUCCCGGGGCCUACAGGGCAGCGUGGGGGCCGACACCAGUUUGGUAGACUUCACCAGGCUUCCAUCUCCAACUCCAGAGAACAAAGACUUGUUCUUUGUUACCAAAGGAUCCAGUCUUCAGCCCGCUACCGGCCUGCAGGGGUCUCCGGCCGCCAGCUCUUCCUACUCCGAAGCCAAUGAGAACGAAGCAGGACCGGAGUUAGCCAAUGACCGGAGGGAGGCCCCCGAACUGACCAAUGAGAGCCGGAGUCUGUCUCUGGUCGACCUGCAGGACUCGUCCCCCGGUGACGGGGUCGACGACGGCCAAUGGCAGCGCAGGACCGGGCUCCUUCCCCUCUCCUUCCAGAACCCUGUGUAUCACAUGACCAGCACGUCACCGAGGCAACCGCAACAGACCGACGUCACGCCCUCCGAUGGCUCUGCCGGUUCCCACGGCAAUCCCGAGGAGAGGACCACGAUGGGGACCAAGCCGGCGUUCCUUACCCAGAUGUCUGUCGGCCUGGGCGGGGGGGGCGAGAGAGGGGAGAGAGUCGAGAGAGUCGAGAGGGGAGAGAGAGGAGAGAGAGGAGAUCGCAUGUCAGCGCUGUCCAGCAGCAGCAGUGGAGAGGAGUACUCACGCCGACAGAUGUCACUGAACGAUCCUCCACACGGCCACACGCCUGUGGCUCCCAUCGGCCCUCGUCAGAACUCAGUGGGUCCCUCUACCGGACCCCAAAGGCGCAUAGACCAGCCGCCCCCGCCCUCCUCGGCCCCCCCGUGCCCCCCCCGCGGCCGGACCCCCCCCACCAUCCUCACCAGCGGCACCUCGGCCUACCCACCGCGGCCCGCGUCUGGCAGCAUGAUGUCAUCAAGUCCCGAUUGGCCCAGCAGCGGCCAAUCCCGCCUGAGGCAGACCUCGUCCUCCUCCAAAGGGGACAGCCCUGAGAAACUGCGACCUGUAACCAAGGCCCCGUCCCCAGUAAACCCGGGUGCACUGGACCGUACUGCUGCCUGGCUGCUUAAUAUGAACUCUGGCGCCCCCUAUGGAGAGACUGAGGAUGACGAGUCCCUCAGUGAAAAGUACCAGCAGGAGAUCGCCAUGCUCCAGGAGAGGUUACGUGUUGCAGGGAUGCGGCAGGAAGAAUGUGAGGCCAGAUUGAUGCUCCAGGACCAGCACAACCAGAGGAUGUUACAGGAGUACCAGGCGAGGCUGGAGGACACGGAGAGCCGCCUGAGACGCCUUCAGGACGACAAGGAUCUCCAGAUGAACAGCAUUAUCAGCAGGUUGAUGACUGUGGAGGCUGAGCUGAAGAAGGACCACUCAGAUAUGCAGGCCGUGGUGGACUCGAAGCAGAAGAUUAUAGAAGCACAGGAGAAGAGAAUAGCCAGUCUGGAUGCGGCCAACAGCCGGCUGAUGGCCGCGCUCACACAGUUGAAGGAGCGCUACACUGUGACGUCACAAAGGAACGGCCUGUCACCCAGCAACAGCUCCGCCCUGCAGAUCACAGAGAACGGAGAAUUCCGCAACUCAGGCAACUGCUGAGACACCCAAUCAAUCACCAGUGACCGGACGCCCCAAGCAACCGUUGAAGAAUGAGCAAUUCCAAUUGGUCGACAACUGCUACUUUUCCGAUAGAUGCUGCAUGAGAGAACGCGACGGGGAUUAGAAGGGGUUCAUGAACCGAUGGACACUCACUCAGACUCUAGAGAAGGUAUAAAAAGGAUUACCGUAAUCAACUUUGCUGUCAUCUUACUUAUUGUAAAGCUGUCAAUCAAAAGUAUUUUCCUACACUGUAACCACGGCGACUGCGAAUGAUUGGAUGGCUAACAAUACAGUCUGUCCUAUAGCCUUGUGUGUCCCCCCCCCCCCCCGAGGAUUCCCUGUUUCCGUCCAAAACGUCCACUGUGGGUGUGAAUCCAGGGCUUCCUGUGUUCUAUGGUGGUGACCCUCUAAAUGGGAGCUGGUAGGUACUAUACCAGGGACGAGCUGGUAGGUACUAUACCAGGGACGGGGACGCUUUUUUUCUUCUUCAUUUGCAUCAAGGGGGAGGGAUUAUUAUCAAACGUGUAUCUGUAACUCCUGUGAUUGGCAGCUGCCAAAGGGGCACUAGGCCUAGUGUGAUGGUAGUGCUAGUGUGAUGCCAUCCACCACACCCCUUUUCACUGUCCUGUUAUGGUAACCCCGCCCCUGGCCUGCUCUACUAUUGGCUGCCCGCGCUGCUGUUGCUAGUUGCUAUGUAAAGACUAUGUUCGGAUGCAAGAAAUAGUUUUGGGUGAUGUUUUGGUUAAGGAAAGGAGGCAAUCAGAACAAUUUUGGCCACCGAUAUACUUACCCUGUCUUUGUAGGACUCUGGACUGUAGACUGUAUCUCUGUGUCUGAAAUGAGCGGGCAGGUUUCAGCCUUUGUUAGGAUGUAAACGUUCUGCCUCAGACUUUAUUGAACUUGUUUGAAUCAGUUUCACUGACAAUAAAAAUAUGAAUGGAUAUAGGGAGUAAUAACAAAUAUAGUAACAAUUAUAUAUAUAUUUAUAUAUAUAUAUAUAUAUAUAUAUAUAUAUAUAUAUAUAUAUAUAUAUAUAUAUGUCUAUAUAUAUGUGUGUGUAUAUAUAUAUACAUAUAUAUAUAUAUACAUAUAUACAUACAUAUUGCCAUCAGAUCAAAAAAAAUAGUUUUUUGUAUCGAUGAUACUUAUUGUUUAGGUAUUGAUGAAAAGUGUUUUUUUUUUAAUGAUGAACUCCAUUUUUUGAACUGACUGUCAAGUGUAUUUGACUAUUUGUGAGUAGAGAGAGAGAGACUGCUUGCCAAAGGACUUCCCCAUGGCCCUUAUUGACCUAGUGGCCAUCUUGGUUCUAACAUUGCUUUUAAUGCUAGCUGGACUGUGGAAACUGAUGCGGAAGAUGGCCGCUAGAUGUUUAAGGUCUCAAGUUCUGCUCUCUCCGCUGUGUUGACUAGUUAUAGCUGACUUAACUGUCAGGCUUCCUGAGAUAACGUGUGUAUUUUUACUCCGCAGUCAACCUGUAUGCAAGACUCUGUAAUUAUACAUGUAACUGUCAUUCUGUAUAAAGACCAGCUGCUCCAAUGGAAAACCACAGCAUCUAUAAAAAGAAAAAACAUAAAACGACUAUAUCAAACUGACUGAUGGCCAAAUAAUAGCUCUUUUCAAUGUAUUAAAGAUGUUUAUUGAUCAUGAGGAAGAGAUUUUCUGUAAAGAUGAAAUAUGAAUUGUUAUAGUUUUAAGUGUCAAUCAAAGUUUGAGUACACAGCAGCAAAAUAUAUCAUCCCAUCAGUUAAUAUGUUUCGUUGCAUUUCAUCUGAACCAGGGACUUCAUCUAUGAGACGCAUCAUCUUUAAACUGAAAUGUAUAACCAGCAAACUAUUAUGGAGGACCAAACCUGCCAUAACUGCAAAUGUAUGGAGAAGUAAUUGUAUGUCUCAAUAAAUGCAUAAAAUAUGUCUUGGAAAACAUAGAAAGUAAUAUAUAUAAAGAAAAAAAUAAAUAUUUAUUUUCUUUCAUGUUUA